ACAAAACUCCAACAAAACAAUAAAUUGUUGUUUAUUAUUAUUUAUAUAUUUAUAAUAUUUGUUUUUAUUAUUGUUAUUAUUGAUAUUAAUCAAUAAAAAAAAUAUAUCUAUUAAAUGUCAAUUUAAAGUAAAUCAAAAUGAUUAAUAGUCUUUUUAUAAUAAAUUCAUCUGGAGAUGUAUUUAUGGAGAAACAUUGGAAAAGUGCAGUGGCCAGAUCACUGUGUGAUUAUUUUUUUGAUCAACAAAGAAGAGUACUAUCACCAGAAGAUACACCACCAGUUAUAGCAACACCACAUCAUUAUCUCAUAAGUAUUUAUAGAUGUAACAUGUUUUUUGUUGCUGUAUGCACAACUGAAGUUCCCCCAUUAUUUGUCAUUGAAUUUCUUCAUCGAGUUGUUGAUACAUUUGAAGAUUAUUUCAGUGAAUGUACAGAGACAAUAAUCAAGGAAAACUAUGUUGUUGUUUAUGAAUUACUCGAUGAAAUGUUGGACAAUGGUUUUCCACUUGCAACAGAAUCAAAUAUACUCAAGGAGCUCAUUAAACCACCAAAUAUAUUGAGAACAAUUGCCAACACUGUUACUGGAAAAUCCAAUGUCAGUGAGGUAUUACCAAGUGGACAAUUGUCAAAUGUACCAUGGAGACGUACUGGUGUUAAAUACACGACAAAUGAGGCAUACUUUGAUGUUGUUGAAGAAGUUGAUGCUAUUAUUGAUAGAACUGGAUCAACAGUAUUUGCUGAAAUUCAAGGAUACAUUGAUUGUUGUAUUAAAUUAAGUGGAAUGCCUGAUUUAACAUUGUCAUUUAUGAAUCCACGUUUAUUUGAUGAUGUUAGUUUUCAUCCUUGUGUUAGAUUUAAAAGAUGGGAAUCAGAAAGAAUAUUAUCAUUUAUUCCACCUGAUGGAAAUUUUCGUCUUCUUUCUUAUCAUAUUGGAUCACAAAGUACUGUUGCAAUACCAUUAUAUGUUAGACAUAAUAUUAGUCUAAAAGAACCAGGUGGUGGAAGACUUGAUAUAACUGUUGGACCAAAAUUAUGGAACAGUGGUACAGUUGCAAGAACUGUUGAAAAUGUUACAAUUGAAAUUCCAAUGCCAAAAAUUGUUUUAAAUUGUACACUUGUACCAAAUCAAGGUAAAUAUUCAUUUGAUCCAGUUAGUAGAGUAUUAUUUUGGGAUAUUGGUCGUAUUGAUGUAUCAAAAUUACCAAAUUUACGUGGUUCAAUAACAAUACAAAAUGGUGCAACUGUAUCUGAAUCAAAUCCUGCAAUAAAUGUACAUUUUACAAUAAAUCAACUUGCUGUAUCUGGACUCAAGGUUAAUGGUCUUGAUAUGUAUGGAGAAAAAUAUAAACCAUUCAAGGGUGUCAAGUACAUAACAAAAGCUGGCAAAUUUCAAAUAAGAAUGUAA